GAGAAAGUGUGCGUGUGUCCUAGGAACCAACGCCUUCAAACAAACAGGAUCAAAGAACACUAGGACAAGACCCUAUAUAAGGCCUUGACUGUGUUUGUGUGAGAGGUCCUUUCAGUUUCAUGUACAUACCUGGCUUGUAAGUUUCUACAAGUCUUUUCUCAUUAACCUCCUGGGUCAUCCCAUGGUGUUAGGUGUUUUUUCUUCCUAAAUGGAACAAGCUGAGACUUGAGCCUGGGUUGAACGAGAAGGAUCUGUAUGUUUAUUUUACAUACCACUGUACUUUGUGUCCGGUAUUACUGUACUUGGAGAACUUGGCCUAAUAAAAUAGAAUGUCCUCUGCCCUCAUUGACAUGCAUUGUACUGUGUGUACAGUAGGAGUGUGUGAGAGGAGAAGCAACAUUGAGAUAAAGAGAUAAGGACAUGCAGGUGAGAGUGCAGUGAGACAGUUGUUGCUCCUGGUGGAAUGAGAAACAUGUUGAGAAUGUGUCUGUCACACAGACUAUUAGAGUGGUGUAUUUUAAACUCACUCUUCCUCUUUCAUAAAGCAAUGAAUACGGGUUUGUCAUUGAUAUCUUUGCACUUUAUCUACCAACGGUGCAUGACACCACAUAAUAGGAACAUCUUUAGAAGUUAAUAACAGGCCUACACUCUUAACUUCUUGUUCCCCAGUAGGGUCAGAUACAUGGAAUAAUUUCCCUGACCCAACCCCCCCUUGUAUCCAGCUCUCAAGUUAAUGUUUAUGUUGCUGUGGUCACUGAUCUUCAGCAAAUUUACUGGUGUAGAAAAAACCUAUAUAAUGUGUGUUCUUCUAAGCAAAACAAAUAUUCAGAUAACGAAUUGAUGAUGACUGACUACAACUCCUAGAUGGGUGGGUCAAGUGUUACGGUUUCAGAAAUACAAACCAGACAACCCUGGGGUCUGCAGUCUAGAGGAAGCCCAAGCCCAGCACUACCCCCUAGCAACUGGGAGCUUUAUUUAAAGAUGGAGUGGCAUUGUUCCCCUCUAACAGCUGUUGGGGUGUGUGUAUGGAUAUUCUUCCAAACAAUAGUUUGUUGACAGCUGGUGAGCCCCCCCACCCCCACACUUUUCUUCAGUCCUCUCUCAAGCUCAGGCUUUUCACUGGCCUUACAAUGAAUGAAAAUGAAGUGUGGAAGUUUAUUGUGUUAUGUUCUUGAGAUCGAUGGAUGCCAGGUGUAAUUGAUAAAUGUUUUGGACCCGCAGCCAAUGGCCUGCAUCCAACCCGUCCCUUUUCUAUUCAGAUGUAUAACAUUCUGUGUUGUGAUUGGCUGCAUCCUGGGGUUUUGUGGGUGCAGUGGGAGGAGCCAUUAUACUGUUGACUUACAAUAUCCCUGAAUCAACCACACCACUUUAUAGUGCUUAGUGUGAGUUGCUGUAUCAGUUACAUUGGGGCAGUAUCUCUGUAUCUCUCCCUCUGUCUUUGAGAACAUCCAGACUUUAAGGCACCAGGGAUCAAGUGAGAUCCCGUGGGAACUGGACGAAGAAGGAAUCAUAUCGCCAAGAGCAAAAUCCUGUCAACUUUCAGGGGACAGUAGGAUUCUGGACUGAUGGCAUCCAAAGAAGUUUGACUUUAGGUGGCCAAAAACUGCAGGAGAAAGACGGGAGUCAAGGACAACCCACCCAUGUUACCUCCCACUCCCAUCUCCAGCAUGCCUGUGGAGACCCCCCAGCCUGUCCUGACACAGCCGGUGAGGGCUACUGGGACGCCCAACCCCAACCGCAUCCUCAUGCCAAACCGCCUCCUCCUCCAACCAAGAACAGCGGCAGCAGCUGAGCCCAGGCAGAGCGCAGUGGAGAGGCUGGCGGCAGACAAGGCUAAAUAUGUCAAGAGUCAGGUGGCCCCCUCCAAGCAGCAGCCAAUAAAAGUGCCUCCGCCUGUCAUGCGCAAACCUCUGAUGUCCCCGGCUACCGGACUACGGCCAACACGUAAGACCCAACCUUCUCGCUCUAACUACACCCAGCAAGGGAGUGCCCCAUUGGACCUGGAGCACCUGAGUAACCUGAUCAACGGGAUGGGUGAGGCUGAAACUCCCCCUACCUCCCCCACCAUGGACCCAGUGGAGAGUAGUCAGGCCCCUGACUGCCCCACCACCACUACCAUCUCUCCCUGUCCCUCUCCGUUCUCUGCUGGGGCUGCUGAGGGGAUCCCGACCCCCUGCCCUGAAUGGUCCACCCCAGUCAAAUUAAGGAUAAAUGCCUCUGGCCCACUAAGUCCUUCUGGAUGUUCUGCUGCAGUGACCAUACGUAGAGUGGACGUAAUACCCCAACACCACCAUACCAUGCCAGUGAGGAAGCCCUUCAGAGCACGGCAGCAGAUGCAUCUCCCAUUGCAGCCCAUGGCUCUGCAUCCACACACCCAGAUCCACAACGCUAUGUCACCUCUUCGUCUCUUCCACCCCCGAACUACCUAUGCACCAGGCCCUGCAUCUCUUAAACCAGUCCCAGCCCCUCCACCACAAGACCACACCCCAACCCCCAACUCCCCGUCUACCCCCGUUCAGUUCCCAGCCAACUACCCUAUACUUCCGCCCUCCCCGUCGGUCACUCGCCCGUCCUCCGGUAGCUCCAGGAAACGGCCCUCUCUGACCCGCUCCAAAUCAGACAUGAGUGACCGUUACUCCCGGGCCAGUACUGACCUGGAGCGCUUCUUCAACCUGUGUGGUUUGGACCCUUCGGAGAUGCAGGUGCUGAAGGGGCCGGGCUCGGACAUUGUGUCCCUUGCACAGUUCCGCAGUGCCAGUGCUCCUGGGUCAGAGUGUGCAGGCCAUGAGGGUGAAGAGGAAGAAGAGAACGGUGGGCCUGCAGAGCUGGCUCCUUAUGGUGUCUCGGUCAUUGAGAGGAACGCCAGAGUGAUCAAGUGGCUUUAUGGUAUCCGCCAAUCCAAGGAUACUGCCAGGAGCACCAACAUGUAGGGCCAUGGGACUGAUGUAAAUAGGCAGGGGAGAAAAAUAUGGAGGUACACUUUAAACAUAAUUCCUGUACAGAGAAAAAACACUGGAGAAGUGUGACUGCCGUAUAAACCAACCAAUGAAAAUGAAAGGAAGGGACUGAUGUGUACUAAUAGUGAAAGAAAUGUCUGUUAAAGCAGUAUGAUAGUGUUGGACAUCAUUUGUGCAAGAUAUUUGGUACUUUGUACUACCACCCGUUUCACCUUUAUUGGCAAAAAAAGAGAGCCGGUCAGAUUACAAGUAAGUUAUCAGAAUUGUGUUCUGUUUUUUUUAAAUGAGAAAUACAUCAACAUAUUUGUUUUUGUCUCAUACUGGGACUUUACAAGUCUUUAUUUUUGGUUGUGCUGCUGUUUGCUUUGUUACUGUACGUUCAGAUGAUCUGUUUCUAAAUAAAUACCAUUUAACAAUGUUAAAGUAA